GUGAAACUGGUAUGGGCAAAUCCACCCUAAUGGACACACUCUUCAAUACCAGCUUUGAAUCCAAUCCAGCACCACACACAUUACCAUCUGUCAAGCUUAAGUCUCAUACAUAUGAACUUCAGGAAUCUAAUGUCAGGCUGAAGCUGACAAUCGUUGACACAGUUGGCUAUGGAGAUCAGAUAAAUAAAGAAGACAGCUUUACUGCUAUUGUUGACUACAUUGACAAACAGUUUGAUGAUUACCUUCAAGAAGAACUGAAGAUAAAACGUUGUCUCUCGGCCUAUCAUGAUGCAAGAAUCCAUGCCUGUUUGUACUUCAUCUGUCCAACUGGUCAUGGUCUGAAAAGUAUUGAUUUGGUGUGCAUGAAGAAAUUGGACUCAAAGGUGAAUGUGAUUCCAAUCAUUGCCAAGGCUGAUACCAUCUCCAAGGCCGAGCUGACUAAGUUUAAACAACGCAUCAUCCAAGAGAUAAAAGCCAACAAUAUCCAGAUUUACCAGUUCCCAACUGAUGAUGAUACCAUGGUCAAAGUGAAUGUUGAGAUGAACAGCCAGAUUCCCUUUGCUGUAGUUGGAAGUACAGAUUUUGUUCGUGUUGGCAACAAAAUGGUCAGAGCCCGCCAGUAUCCAUGGGGAACGGUUCAGGUUGAGAAUGAGAGCCAUUGUGAUUUUACAAAACUUAGAGAAAUGUUGAUCCGCACUAACAUGGAAGAUAUGCGGGAAGUGACUCAUAGUAAACACUAUGAACUUUAUCGGAAGAAAGUCCUUGAAACAAUGGGAUUCACUGAUGUGGGUCAGGACAAUCAGCCAGUAAGCUUCCAACAGACGUUUGAGCAGAAGCGUGUAGAGCAUCGAGAGGAGUUGCAGCGCAAAGAAGAUGAAAUGAGGCAAACAUUUGUACUCCGGGUUAAAGAGAAGGAAACUGAAUUAAAAGAAGUGGAGAAGGAGUUGUAUACAAAGUACGACCAGUUAAAGCGCGAACAUGCAGAUGAAAAGAAGAGGUAUGAGGACUCAAAGAAGCAGCUGGAAGAAGAGAAAGCUGAAUUCCAGAAAUACAAGCAGCAAGUUGCAUCACAGCAGCUUAGCCACCAUACACUUACACUUGGCAAAAGGAACAAGAAGUAAUAAAGCUUAAGCUUUGUGAGAAGACAGAUGAAGAAGGAAGGAAUUGCAGAUUUAUUUCAUAUGGUAUUUGUGGUAUAUAUGGCUUAGAAAAAAAGAAAAAGAAAGAAAAGUGUUUACAGUUUUUGUAUGCUGAGAGACAUUUUUAGAAUUGAUAUUUCAGCCAUUUAUUUAGGUAUUGUUAUUGGUUUUAGUGAAGAAAGAUUUAACAUUAUUAUAAAGUCAUCUAAGUAACAUGUACAAUUUGUAAUUAAUUUGAGAUGCAUUUUUUUAUCAGGCACAUUUAUAAAGUGAUAGUUAAUGCCUUGUCAUAAAAGCUGAUAGCCAGUUUGUUUACUUUAGCAAACCAGAAAAGGAGGAAAUGACCAAGAGUUAUGUUAUGUAUUCUAAAAAGUACAUAUAAUUUUUCUGUCAAGAAUGUUACCCUGUGGAAUGAAAAGUAAAAAAAGGCAUUUUUCUUUAUUUUAUUUUUUCUAUAUUCGUUAUAAGUUUUUUUUUUUUUUUUUCUUGGGAUUUUAUCCCAGGCACAUGGGAAAUAGAUUUUAGGAUUAAGUUCUUUGCUUUAUGCAACAUUUCCAGGAUCCUCUCUCUUCAGAGUGUGAAUUAAGUUCAACCUCAGAUGUUAUUUGACAUUGAAAUGCAUUACAAGCUUUAUUUCAGAUGUGCUUAAGAGAAGCAAAGGGUAAAACCAAUAUAUGGUCAUUGCCAAUGCAGAUUAUUUGCCUUAUGUCACUCCACAAUACAGAUAGAAGAGUAAUAAUAAUAAAAAAAAAAUCAGUAUUA